UCGUCCACGUGAGCUUCAUUCAGCUGAGCGCUGCAAAGAUGAAUGGCUGGGGGGGUGGAAGAUGGAAACCUUGGAAAAAUGGGGCAAAGACUUCAAGGCAUCUCAUCAGCCGGAUAGGAAAGAUUAUUCCAAACAAAAUGGCAUGAUUGCCAAAAAUCUGCUCAACUCCCUCAAGAUUCGCAAUCGUUUGCAGCUGCAACCCAUUUCUCGUUCAGCAUGUGCUACUGGCUCCUGUCCGGAUCUGAUGAGUAGGAACGAGCAGCCAGAUCCUCGGCCGCUGGCCGUGGCCCUGACACCCCAGCUGCCCCCCAGAACCCAUCGGCCCCUGUGUCUCUCCGUGUCCUCUGAUAGCAAUGGACGCUUCAAAGCUCUGGAGACCCAGGAGUGGAAGAACAACCUUAAAGCUCAGAUGGAACAGGCACAUAGUGCCGGGGCCGCCAGCAGCACAGGUUCCCUGGAGAGAGCGUCGCUGUUUUGUGCUUCGGGCUCCACGACCACCUCCGGCUCCGGCCUCUCCAGUCCAGUGGAGCAUCUCACCAAGAGCAAGUCCUCGAGUCGCUUCUCUCUCUUCUCCCCUCCAUGGAACAGCAGCUCCGAGUCCGACUCCAACCCUCCGUCCCGCUCCGGAUCCAAGAAAAUGCGCAACUACAGCCGCAGGGCGGUUCCAGGCGGUGCCAAAACAGGCCCCGAGGCCCCGGAGCCCAAGCAGAGCAUCUCUGAGCACUUCCAGUACUCUGAGCCGGUCAUUUCCAAGGUCACGGACUACAUUUACGUCGGCAACCUGAACGCCGCUUACAGCGGACGCACGUUGUGCCGUAACAACAUCGACAGCAUCAUCGACAUGAGCAGUCUUCCUGGGGAGACUUGUCUGAGACUUAUUCCCUGUACUUGUUCGAGAGGUGUCAAGCACAGCUGGUCUCGGCUUAAAGUGGACCUUAGCGAUCUCCCGGACGCUUUCCAGGAAGGGCUGGCCCUCAAACAUCGCUGCUUUGAGGACAUCAACGAAUGCAUCGACGCGUCCACGGAAAAGAGGAAGCGCGUGUUGGUGCAUUGUCGUGAUGGGUUCUCUCUCGCCCCCACCUGCAUUAUUCAGUACCUCAUGGUGAAACAAAACAUGAAGCUCAUUGCCGCAUAUGAGCUGCUCAGAGCCAAACACCCUGUCAACAUUCGCGAGUCCCAUCAGAACGUUCUGGUGAGUCUCGAAAGAGCCCUCAGACCGGGUGGCAACACGGACCCAGAGUGCUUUAAACAGGCCAUCUCUCGCAAAAUUGCCUGGACCUGAUGUGCAGGCACGUUUUGUACUUUGUGUAUUUAUUUUUGUAUUAUCUUCUUUUAACAGUGAAGGCAGCUUUUGUUUGUGUUUUAAAGGAAUAGUAUGCGAAAAAUGAAAGUUAUAUCAUUAUUUUCACUUACGUUAAGGCCAUUUCACUUGUUUUUCGAUUAAUCAAUUUGGAAAAAGGAGAAAUUUUGGAAAAUUAAGGUUUUUUUGUACGGUUUUCAAAGGAUAAAAAGUUGGACUUUUGAACUUUAUAAAGUAUGCAAAAGCAUCAUAAAAGUAAUACUUGCUCCUUUUGCUACUUUGCUGCUUCGCUACAUAAAUGCGCCAAACUAAGCUAAACUGCAAAAAAUUACUUACUUUCUUCGUUUUUUUGUCUUUUUUUCAUUAAAAAUAUCUAAACAUUCUUAAAUUAAGAGGCUUUUUCUUGAUGAGCAAAAUUACCUAAGAAAAUAAGUCUAGUUUUAGACCAAAAAUAUCAAAUUUAAGUGACAUUUUUCUUAAACACUAAAUUCAAGAAAAAUUAGCUUACCCCAUUGGCAGAUAUUUUUUGCUUGUUUUAUGCACAAAAUCACUUAAAUUUGAUAUUUUUGGCUAAAAAUUAGACUUGUUUACUUGGGUUAUUUGUCUCAUCAAUAAAAAAGCAUCUUAAUUUACAAAUUUUUAGAUAUUUUUACUGAAAACAAGGCAAAAAUACUACAAAUUCUUUUCUUGAAUUUUUUUUGCAUUGUAGCGCAGAUAUCAAGGUUUUAAA